AUUAAUAAAUAAUAAAUAUUUGUUUAAAUUUUUAAAAAUGAGUAAAAAACGUCAACGGAAAACUCAGUACGACGAUAAUGAAUAUGAUGUUAUUCCAAAAUCUCUGAAAGUGAUUCGAAACUCCAGUCAGAAAAAACGUUUAAUAGUUAUUUUAGAAAAUGCUCAACUAGAAACUGUCAAGGUUGGAAAUAACUACGAGCUUUUGAAUAGUGAUAGGCACAAAGACAUAUUGCAAAAAAACAAUCGUAACCCAGCUACUUCAAGACCAGAUAUUGCGCACCAAUGUUUACUUACGCUCCAGGAAUCUCCAUUAAAUAAAUCUGGAUACUUACAGAUAUAUGUACAUACUGAAAACAAUGUGCUUUUUGAAGUAAACAGGCUUACUCUAAUCCCAUCUAAUUUCGACGAUUUUGCUGAAUUGAUGGUUUGCCUUUUACAUAAACAUAAAGUACGAGCUGAGAAUAACAAAUCGAUUCUUUUAAAAAUUAUUAAAAAUCCAAUUACUGAUUGGUUACCAGCUGGUUGUAAAAAAAUUUUAAUGUCCUUCAGCGCUGAUAAAAUAAAAGAUCCUGAAGAACUUGUUCCUGAUGAUGAACCAAUUGUAAAAAUCGAUUAUGCCGAAGAAACAUUUUCAAUAAGCAGCCUACCAUUAUCCGGAGCACUGACAUGCACUGAUUUGUACCACCGUCGAAUUGUAUCGACAGCUUUCAAAGUAUCUUCAUCCAAGGGAGUUAUUAACGAAUCAGGCUUCAGUUUCUGGUUUUCAGGUUUUGAAAUAUCAGUCACAUCUGAAUCUGACAUUGGUUCAGGGAUUGGAAAUUCCAGAACAUCAAUCAUAUUUGAGUCAGUUUCCAAUUCUUGGAUUUCAAGAUUUGAACAAUCCAUACCAUCUGAUUCAGGCGUUGAUUUCCAAAAUAAAAACGAGACGGAUGAACAUAACCUCGUUAAAAAACGUUUGAAAGUUGAAACUCCUUUAAAUUUGGAUAAACGUUUGAUAAUCAUUUUAGAAAGUGCUCAAUUGGAAACAGCCAAGGUUGGAAAAAAAUUUGAGUUAUUACAUUCUAGACACGAUAUUGGACUGUUGAAAAAAUAUAAUCGACAACCUGAAACAACUAAACCCGAAUUAGUACAUCAGUGUUUGUUAAAUUUGCUGGACAGUCCUUUAAAUCGAGUUGGAUAUUUACAGGUGUACAUACAUACUGAUAAAAAUGUUUUGAUAGAAGUUAAUCCUGGAACAAGGAUAACCAGAACAUUUAACAGAUUUGCGGGAGUAAUGGCGCAACUUUUACAUACUAACAGAGUACGAGCAGGGAAUCAGCCAGUAGAUUUACUAAAAGUUAUUAAGAACCCAAUAACAAAUUAUCUGCCAGCCAAUUGUAAAAAAAUACUAUUGUCUUGUCGAGCAAAAGAAUUUAAAUAUCCAGAAGAAUUAGUUCCUGAUAAUGAGCCAGUUGUCAUUGUAAUUGGUGCAAUUGAACAGGGGCAAGUUAAAGUCGAUUAUACGGACAGUACAGUUGCUAUUAGUGAUUAUUCGACGUCUGCAGCGAAUAUUUCAGGAAGUUUGUGUUCAGCAUUUAAAAGAAAGUGGAUACCAGCAAAUUAG